CGACUUUCAAUCCUCGUAACAUCUCUCCUGCCAACGCGACCACAACCUGGAAUCACUCAGCAGGGCUCGCGGUGCUCAUUUCGCUCUUCAAGGCUGUGACACGGCUUGCUGGCCAUCGCCCAAGACUAUUACCGGGAUACAGAGCCACAUUACCUCAUCCCUCGACAUGGAACGAGAAACGCCCCUUUGGGGUUGGUCGUUGCCGGCCCCAAGGCCUGCCCAACCUCGACGGAUGAAGUCCAACUCGUCCGACAGGUCGCACACGUCUGAUGCUUCCUUUAGCUCGUGCAGCUCUGAGGAUCCGUUCGCUUUCUCUCCCGCUGGUACCCCUCUGAACGAGAACGGGCCGUCUCGAGCCCGGACCUCGGCGCAUUCAACGAAUCUGGACGGUUUGAGGGACGGCCCAAUGCUUGGCAAGGAAGUCAAUACUCGCCCCAAGGUAAUCAACACAAUUUCAGCGCCAGAAAACUAUCACAGAAUCAGCCAAGGCGACAGAAGAAAACCGAUCCCCAUUGAACUCCCUGGGAGACGCAGAACGGAUCCGACCUCAGCAUCUGUUUGCACGCCGCCAGAGCCCUUGUCUGCUCGAGGGGAUAUUCACGGAGGAUACUUUCCUCUUCACGAAGACCCCCAGUCCCGGGUUCGAGUUCCCCACCCUUUCCAACCACUCACCAACAUGACUCGGCACCGGUCCCCGUCACGGUCGGCUGAGCCCAGCAACUUCAGCACGGAACCCCGCUUAUUGGGCGCCGGCGACCCUUCCAAGCCAUCCCAAUCCUUUUCGAGCCAGUCAAACGUUUCCAAGUCUUCUCACACGCCUCUCUCCUCGUACAUUCCUAACGGAGCUCAGCAAGAUGUAGCCCUCCCUUUGGGGAAGUACUACCCUUCGAACUGGGAGAAUCGACACGGACAGAGUCGCCAGAACCGACCAUUUUCGCCGUCGAAAUGCACGUCUCUGGCAGUCCAAUCAGAAACCCAAGUGCCCAUGUACCAUGGAGAUCAGGCACAAGCGCGGUCUGGGUCCGAAGCUCAACGUCGUCUGCAGCAGUACCAAAGAGAUAUGGUAGCGCAAGCUGCAAUGGCUACUAGGGCUCUACUAGCGAAGACCGCAUCCACGGCGAGCUCAGCUGCUGCCUCGUCUUAUCCCAGUGUCCCAGCGGCUCUUCUAAGAUCGCACAAGCCGGUUUCGCCGAGGUUACAGCCCCUUGGAAGUCCGGGUCCGGUCACCCCGAUGUCACUGGAAGAUGGUUACCUAACCCUUCGUGGACGCAUUCCUGCCGUGGGCUUGGAUCACAGUGUUCAUCAUGACGCGGGUGCGGGUGUGAGUUCAGAUUGGUCCGGUAAUGGAAGGCACAGACAAUGCGGAGAGGAUUCUCACUUGGCACCUCCGCUGAGCGCGCUCUCCGUCUGAACGGCAUAGGAGUCCCCAUUAUUUUCUAGCUUGUUUUCUGUAACAGGAAAACACGAUUCGAUUCCCUCGCAUGUGAUACCCCUAAGAUCAGAACAAGUCCAUGAAGGCAUGCAAUACAAGGAUGGCUGUGUAUAUCUAAAGCCUUCUAGUUUGUUAGCAAUCUCACUCGCUUGCAUUCAGUUAGUUCUCUUAAGACUGAUCGUGGGUCGGCCUGGCACGAUUUGUCGGUUGUUACGGUGUGAAAACGCAAUGAAGAUUUCCUGCCCUG